ACUAGCAUGGAUACGAAUAGAGUUCCUCCACCAGUGGUCACAAAUGGGGCCCCAUCACCUGUAGAACUGAAUAAUGGAAUGAAUAGAGUUCCUGCACCUGUAGGAUUCAACAGAGGUCCUCCACCAAUGGGUCAUGGGCCCCUGCCCAUGUAUUUUAACAGAGGGCCACCACCGAUGGAAAUGGCUGGACCACAACCAUAUGUAGGAUUUAACAGGGGGCUGCCUCCACCACUCAGGGGACCUCCACCUUUUGGUUUGAAUAGAGAACCACCACCUCUAGGGUUUAGCACUCCACCUCCACCAAGAGGAGCACCUCCUCCCCCAGGAAUACAGAUGCCAUUAGGAUCCUCACCACAAUUAGGACAUAGUAACAUUCAGUUUGACAGCUUCAGCAACAUUCCACAAAACCGUGACCAGCUGCCAGCACAUCUACAAUCAACUGAUGAUGGAAAUGGCAGUACACAGAGUAAUCUUCUGCCACCUCAUCUCCAUCAUAACCCACCAAAGAGAACAUUCCAAGGAGAACAUUUCACUGUAAAUGACUUCAUCCAGCCUCCACCACCCUCCACUGUGUAUCCACCUAUUCCUCAUGCAUACCAGGGUCAUGCAAGUAUCUCUAGCCAGCAGUAUUACAAUAAAGGGCACAAUACCGCUUGGCAUGGUGGCCCAUCACCCAGUUCUAGUAGCACCGAAUCAUCUACUUAUCAAACCGAUAUUGGAGAAGAAACUGAUGGGUUAGAUGAAGACCAGAAGUGGAUAAAUAACUUUGAGCAAAGAAUCAUGCAAAGAUGCCAAGUACAGCCAGCCAGGAAGAACCUGCCAACUAAUGCUGUGAAGCUCUCAGAUGUACAGGAGAUGAUCAGGAAAUUCAGGACUUUAACUCGAAGACUAGAGGAGCUUCGAGAUGAGAUGAGAGAGAACUCUGACAUAGCAGAUGAUCAUAUGUGGAAUAGUUUGGUUAUGGAAGCUGAGGAUAUUAAGGAAAAGAUCUUCAAAAUUGAGAACCAUUUUCAAGACAAAGAAUUCAUCAGUUUAGUACAGCAUUUGAUAAGCCGCAGACAAAACAAAAGAAAAAAGAUCAAGAAACAGAAGGAGAGGAUGAAACGUGACAAAGAGGAGUUGAAACUGGCAUGGCAAAGGGAAGAGGAAAAGAUUGAUGUUUGGAGGGAGAAACUAGAGGAACAAGAAAAAGAAAAGAGAAGGGAAAAGGCUGUAGAACUAGAAGCAGAUAGUAUAUUGGGAGAGGUCCGGCAGAAGCAGACAGAGGCCUCUCGCAUGCAGCAGCUGUUAGAAUCCCUGACAACCCUGCGGCAGGCAAGGAUUAAUAAAGGUGCUUCCCAUGGUUAUCUGUCAACUCCAACAGAUGAUCUGCAUUUUUCUUCAACCAAAAAAGGCAUCGGUGAGGUGGUAGCAACCCAGGUUAAGGAAUACCAGCUAGAGGAACAAACACUUCGGGUUAUGAUGGGUGAAAGUGCAGCCCAGAAACCUUCUGACGGGAAUGAGGUAAAUGCUGCUGUUAGUAAGAGAGAGGCAUCAAUGAGAAAGCUGCUUUUUGGUGACUUUACUCCAAUCAACCCAGAUAUAAUGAAGGAGUUUACUGCUGCAGAUGACAACUGGGAAACACUUUUGCAAAGAAGGUUCGAAUGGGAUCAGUAUGGUACAGAGGAGAACACGCCCCUUGCCACUUCCAUUCCCAUUAACUGGGUGAUUCCUCCAAUGCACCCUUCAGAGGACUGGGCACAGUAUCAGAACAAAGCUGCUUUGUGUUAGAGUAGUGAAUUGUGACUCAGACAAGACCAUAAAAAAUUAAUUUCUUCAGGUUUUGAUACAUUUCUUUCAUCUAGUUAUAUUAUUUUGGAAAUUUAAGUUUGACUACAUUCUUUGUGCUUAUCUACAGAUUACUUCCAUGUGAAAUAUAGUGGUUCUCUUUAGAUAUAUACUCAAGGAAAGUGUGGUUUAGUCUUGUGAAAUAAACUGACUGAUUGUUA